AAAGUUGAAAGUUAUUCAAGUACUUGUUUUUCAAACUCUUACAAAGAGGGAUCACAGUCUUAGACCAAAGUCGUAACAUUGAAUUCUUUAAAGGGAUCCAGAGUUUUCUUCGACAUUCUAAUAUUUUCAAACUCUGUUGCAAAAAGAGAUUCUGACGUACUCAAAGUAACUAUUUCUUCAUAUUAGGGUUUAACGAUUGAAUAUAAUUGCAUAAAAUUUUGUUUGUGAAGAUGAUCAGAUCUCACAUUCACAUUAAAUCCUAAUUUUUGAACUUCUUUUUCCACCCCGCUGUGCCAAUGCGUCUGAGUAUAAUACAAGUAAUUACCAUUUACGAUUUGUAAGUGUCUUGGAGAUUUUCUGACUAAAAGCAAUAGUGGUUCCCCAUUAAUAAAUAUAUAAUUUUAAUACUAUAUCUAAACAUCAUGCUUCCCUGAUUGAUGUUGAUUGUUGCCCGAUCAUUAAUUCUAAAUUAAUUUGAUCAAAGCAAUCACAACUCGAAUUUUUGCAAACUCAAAAAAUAAUGAUGUCAUGAUACUCUAAUGAAAUCGGAACUACUUUUAAGAGUAUGACAAAAUAGAAUUAUGUUAGAAAAUGGGUAGAAUUAGAA